UAAUCGCACUAUCAUUCACAUUUCAAAAUGCGACGUAACUUAAAUAAUACAAAUGUAGGCUUACCGUACGUUAUUGUCGAACGGCUCUUAGCAUGACUGAAAUACCUAAUUUUCAUUCCUGUAAGCAGAUAGGGUUAAUCACCCUUUGCAAAGAUCGUCCAAAGAAUUCAGUUACCCAAAGGUUGUUUAAAUAUUGAAACUACACCAUGGCGUCUUGUGAUAAGAACCAAGAAUCAAAGUUGUGGGGAGGUCGAUUUUCUGGAAAAAUUGAUCCCAUCAUGGAAAAAUUCAAUUCUUCCAUUGAAUUUGAUAAAAGGCUCUGGAAUGUAGAUAUAAAGGGAAGUGUUGCCUAUGCUAAAGCUCUAGAAAUGGCAGGACUGAUAAGUAGAGAAGAAAGACAAAUGAUUUGUGAUGGAUUAGAUCAAGUAAGAAAAGAAUGGGUGAAUGAUGAAUUUGAAAUUAAACAAGGAGAUGAAGAUAUUCACACAGCCAACGAGAGAAGGCUUAAGGAACUGAUUGGUCCUGUUCCUGGUGGUAAGCUGCACACUGGACGGAGCAGAAAUGAUCAGGUCGCUACGGACAUGAGGCUGUGGCAGCGAGAAGAAAUUCGUGCUUUGAGAUGUUUGAUGCUAAACCUGAUUCGAGUCUUUGUCGAGCGAGCUGAAAAGGAAAUUGAUGUUUUAUUGCCAGGCUACACUCACCUCCAAAGAGCUCAGCCUAUCAGAUGGAGCCAUUGGUUACUAAGCUAUGCAUGGUACCUAAAACAAGAUGUUGAUCGACUGGAUAACUUGGCAUCUAGAAACAAUAUUCUUCCUCUUGGAAGUGGUGCUUUAGCUGGAAACCCCUUUAAUAUUGACAGAGAUUUUUUAGCCCGAGAGCUCGAAUUUUCUGAAUGUAGCCAGAACAGUUUGCAAGGAGUCAGUGAUCGAGACUUUGUAGCCGAGUUUCUCUUUUGGGCAACUCUAACUUCUGUACACUUAAGCCGAUUAGCAGAAGACCUUAUUCUUUACAGUACUAGCGAAUUUGGAUUUGUUUCUUUAGCCGAUGCCUAUAGUACCGGAAGCAGUCUAAUGCCACAGAAGAAGAAUCCAGAUAGCUUGGAACUGAUUCGAGGAAAAGCUGGAAGGUUGCUGGGCCAUUGUACAGGAUUUCUGGCUGUACUGAAGGGUAUACCGAGCACCUACAAUAAAGACAUACAGGAAGAUAAAGAAGCGGUGUUCGACACCUGUGAUACCUUAAAAGGUGUGCUACAAAUAGCUACAGGUGUUUUGUCUACUCUUACACUCCAUUCUAAGGCUUGUAUCAAAGCUCUAACUCCAGAUAUGCUGGCUACUGAUGUUGCUUAUUAUCUAGUUAAGAAAGGAAUGCCAUUUCGAGAAGCUCACAGCAUGGCUGGAAAGGUUGUAGUACUCUCUGAAGAAAAACACUGCACUCUUCAAGACUUAAGUCUUGAUGACCUUCGAGGAAUUUCUGAAUUGUUCACUCGGGACGUGACCUGCCUGUGGGACUACAACCACAGUGUUGAACAGUACCAAACACAGGGAGGAACCAGCAAAUCUAGUGUUGAAGACCAGUUGAAGAAAUUAAGAAUAUGGUUGGAAUAAGUUAAGUACAAACAUUGUUAAAGUAGUAGUUCUCAUUUCCUGGUAACCACCAGUCAGAACUAGAUUAUCUCCAUUUCAUAAUUAGUUUUAAAUGGAACAACUAGGCCUAAUAUUUCUCACAACAACUAGGCCUAUUUUCUUCCACUGGAAAUUACAAUAUAAAUUUCUACUGAGUUUAUACAGUUUCAACAGCAGUGUUACUAACUAUAUGAUAAAGAAAGACCUGUGUGAAACUUUAAGUUAUAUAAUAUACAUAUUGGAUUAACUGUUCUUUAUUUGUUUCUUAACAAUGUUUUUGUAUAAUAGUUAGCAUUAUUAUGUGAUAUGUUGAAAUGUAAUUCAAACUUUCUUACCGUAUAUUAUAGUACUGAAUAAAACUAUCACUAGCA